CGCGGCUGACCGGAACUACGUCAUUCUCGGUUCCUGAAUGCCACCGGCGCAGCCUGCUGCUUUGCGACGGAUGGCUUUCGCCGCUAAUUGAUCCUCAAUUACGCUGUUUGUCUAUUGUACAGUUUGUUAAUAGGUCAACAGGUCUUCAGAGAUACCCACCGAGGCUUUAAAAUUACUGUGCGACCGAAAUGCCGUCGUUCUGCGCGGCGUAUGGCUGUUCGAACAACACCAGCCGCGACGAUGUCGUGUUUCACCGCUUCCCAACGGAGAAGAGGCUUGCCGCUCAGUGGAUUGCAGCAGUGAAGAGAAAAAACAUUGUGCCUACGGUGCACAGCAUGAUCUGCUCAAACCACUUUCGGGACGCGGACUAUCACCGGAGUCCCUCGAUAAUGAGGUCGCUCGGAAUUCCCGUGAAGUGCGCCCGGCUGAUGCCUGGCACGGUUCCUUCAGUGUUUUCUUACAGAUCCGCGUCACCACCGCCGAGAGCAGCUUUCGCCAAACGAAGAAGAAUUGAGGACUUAAAUGAAGCGUUGGGAGCUGGCCAGAACAACACAGAGCAAGAAAGCGCUACCACCGACACUGCUGAGGAUGGGGGAGCCUCCAUCGAACCAGACGUCGAAGUGUUGUCCCCUGCUGGUCUCGAACCUUCGGCAGGCACUGCACCAUACGCAGGGAUAAAGUUUGCCGACAAGGCUACUGAAGUGCUGGUGCCGACAAGCAACAAAUCUGUGCAAGCAAGCUUGAAAACAAGUGCCACAUCGCGCUCUGUGCAAACUCGACCACGUUGCACUGCUGUUGGAGUACGGAUGCUCGAGAACAAACGGCUAGCACUGACCAGCAUCAAGGCAAUCGAGUGUUUUUCGUGCAAGAGGAAAACUUAAGAAGGCUUCUGACAGUCUGCCACACAUGCCUGGCCCCUUGCAAGCAAGUGGAUAUUGAGUGCAGCGGAACAGUUGUGCACGCUCAUACAGAAUGUUUUGCUGGGCACCAUUUCCUUUGGCAGAACCAGGAUAUACAUCGGCAGCAACCGGUGUUGAACUUAAAGCUGUGCGCUGCAGUGUUGUUUUCAAGCAAUAACCCGACUUCCUGUCUGAGAAUGUUGGCCUCCAUCGGUGUGCAGGUGGUCAGUGAAAGAACUUUUUUCGCCCUUCAGAGAAGCUAUUUAUGGCCAGCCAUUGACACCGUAAGUAGUCUGUGCAACAACAAUCGAGCGAUUUUCUUGAACGAUAAAUACACAGUAUUUUGUGCUCAAUAGGUUUGGACGGCUCAGCAGCAACACCUGCUCCAGGAAGCUCGUGGAAGGCCACUUACUCUGGCUCGAGAUGGUCGAGCGGACUCCCCAGGGUACAGUGC